AUGCCACGUCCCUCAUCCUCCUUCUACAGCCAAGACGAUAAGGCGCAAGCAAAUCUAGGCUACACGCCUUUUGAAUACUGGAAGGGACCGAAACCGGUAGUCUGGGCUGCAACCCGCCAGGCACCCGUCCACAACAGCAUCGCCAAAGCCAAAACCCACGGCCGGAAGCUCUCGAGCUCGCGGGCCGCGGCCCGGAUCAGCGCAAAGGCUCACCCGGGCGGCAACCCGGUGAACUCGCUUAGGCAGUUCGAGCCAAUCCAGCCGUCCAAGCUGUACUCGGCCCAGCAGUUUGUGGCAUCCCUGCAGGCCGCGAAGCUUGCCGAUACGAAGCACCACAAUAGGCACCCGCACGUGGAGUACGUCGGGAGCAGGGGUGACAUUGGCCAGUUCCGCGCCGCUACUGCUUUAGGAGACAAGAAGUCGUCGGCCAGCACCAACCCCUGGGGGGACCCCGACGAUAAGGGCAGGCUCAAGAGGCUGGAGGCGAUCCAGGAAUCCGCACAGAGGGGGUGGGCAGACGCAUCCUACCCCCACCACGGCGACUAUAAGACGCCCGCUGGCGUGCGGACAUCCCACAAGGAACUACUGCUCAGCCGGAGCCAAUCCACCCGCUCCAGCCCUCCCGACUACGCAGAUCUGCCGCCCUUGAACAUGUCCAGGAAAGCCUCCAAAAACCUGCCGCCAAGGUACGGAUACUAUGGCGAUGAGCGCCCCGACAGAUGGUGGGACUUGAGGACGUGGCGGAGGAGGACGUGGGCCAUCCUCGUCGCUAUCGUCGUGGUCAUUGUCAUCGUCGUUGUCGUCGUCGUGACGAUGCUCCAAAAGAACAAUGCCUACCCCAACUACAAGAGGCUUGUCUACACGCUGUCAGAUGAGUACUCGGGUUCAGAAUUCUUCGACAACUUUGACUACUUCACGGGCUACGACCCAACACACGGCUUCGUGCACUACGUCCCCCGCGAGCAGGCCGAGGCGCUCAACCUCACGUACGCGAGCCCGUCGUCGGCCGUGCUGCGCGUGGACACGUCGGUGGGCCCCUCGUCGACGCCGGACGCCUCGACGGGGCGGUUCAGCGUGCGCGCGACCUCGAAGCGGCAGUACGGCAGCUCGGGGCUCUUCGUGUUCGACGUGAUGCACACCCCCCACGGGUGCGGGACGUGGCCGGCGCUGUGGCUCGCGGACCCGGCCAACUGGCCCGACAACGGCGAGAUGGACGUGAUGGAGGCGACGAACCUGGGCGACGAGGGCAACGCCAUGACGCUGCACACGAGCUCCGGCUGCGGCAUGGGCGGCCACCGGCGCAAGAUGACGGGCGAGUCGGUGCACGGCAGCUGCGCGUCCACCGGCGGGGCCGACAACGCGGGCUGCGGCGUCGAGGGGCCCGCCGCCACGUACGGCGAGGCCUUCAACGCCGGCGGCGGCGGCGUCAUGGCGCUCGAGUGGCGCAGCGCCGGCAUCCGCAUGUGGCAGUUCCCCCGCGCCGCCGUCCCCGCCGACAUCACGGGCGGCGAGCCCGACCCGAGCACCUGGGGCACCGCGCUCGCCGACUUCCCCGACACGGGGUGCGACAUUGACAAGCACUUCCGAAACCAGUCCAUCAUCAUGAACAUAGACCUCUGCGGCGACCUGGCGGGCAGCCUGUACGGCGGUACCAGCUGCCCGUCAAACUGCACUGAUUUUGUGGCCAACAACCCAGACGAGUUUGUCAAUGCUUACUGGGAGGUUGGGGCCUUCCGGGUUUACACGGCAGCUUAG